AUGGAGCAUAUUCACAAACGAGAUGUGCAUACUUCGCAUACAGAGCGUAGUAGUAGCACCGUAGAGAUUCGGCAGGUUCAGAACGUUGCUUUUGCCGAUGCCACGGCGAAGGCUAAUGUUAGGCCAUGGACAAAGGCUAUGUUCAAGUUGUACUUUUGCCUCUUUAUCGCCACGCUCAACUCGUGCAUCAACGGAUACGAUGGAUCGCUCAUGGGGGCAAUCAACAGUUAUCACCAGUACCGCUCGUAUUUUGGCUUCAAUAUCGAUGAGGGUACGCCGACUACUGGAAUCGUCUAUGCCAUUUAUACGAUUGGUAACCUUGUCGGUUCGUUUGUAGCGGGCCCAGCUACGGAUUUCCGAGGACGAAAAUGGGGGAUGUUUAUCGGCACUUCGAUUAUCAUUGUUGGUGCCUGUAUCCAAGCAACAUGUGUCAACCUCGGUGGCUUCAUGGGCGGCCGUUUUAUUCUGGGCUUUGGCGUCGCCAUCACAUCGACCGCCGGUCCAGCAUAUGUUUCUGAAAUGGCUCAUCCCUCCUACCGCGGCGUCUGCACCGGCAUCUUCAAUACAUUCUGGUAUGUCGGCGGCAUUCCUGGCUCCUUCGUCCCUUACGGCACAAGCAACAUCCCCGGCACGCAAUCAUGGCGCAUCCCCGUCUGGCUCCAACUCAUCUUCGCGGGCAUCGUCUUCUGCUGCGCGCCCUUCCUUCCGGAAACCCCCCGCUGGCUCAUCGCCAACGACCGGCACGAGGAAGCCCUAAACACUAUGGCACGCCUGCACGGCGAGGGCGACCGCGACUCGCCCAUCGUCAAGCUCGAAUACAAAGAAAUGGUCGAAGACAUCAGCGUCACGGGCUCCGACAAGCGCUGGUGGGACUACCGCGAACUCUUCAACUCGCGCGAGGCCCGUUACAGAACCAUGCUCGUCCUCGCCAUGGCUUUCUUCGGUCAGUGGUCCGGCAACGGGCCUGUUUCCUAUUAUUAUCCAACUAUGCUGCAGGGCGCCGGCAUAAACAACAAUCACACCCGUCUCCUGUACAACGGCAUGCAGAACGUUGUUUCCUUCAGCGGUGCCAUUUUUGGUGCCAUUUACACGGAUUCCUGGGGUAGACGGCCGCAGUUGCUUGUUUCCACCGCGAUGCUUGUCUUCAUCUUUGCCAUCGUUUGUGCCCUUGUUGCCACGAAUUUGAAGACAGGACCGGAUGGACGGCCGGUUUACAUAGGGAAUAAUCGGACGCCCGAGAUCAAAAGGCCCGGUCAGGCCAAAGCGGUUAUUGCGUUUGUCUUCAUCUGUGGGUUUGUGUAUAGUGUUGGUUACACGCCGUUGCAGCAAUUGUACCCUGUAGAGUGUCUGCGGUACGAGUCUCGAGCAAAGGGAAUGGCGUUUUACAACUUUUGGGUUAAUAUUGCGAAUUUCUACAAUACGUUUGUGACGGGGAUUGCGUUUUCGGGGGCGGGUUGGAAGUACUACAUCCUCUUCAUCUUCUGGGACAUAUUCGAAUUCGUCUUCAUCUACUUCUUCUUCGUCGAAACACGGCGCCGCACCCUCGAGGAAAUCAGCGACAUCUUCAACGCUAAGAAACCUGUCAAACACUCUCUCAAUAAAACCAGCAUCCUUGUUCAUGCAAACGGUCGUGGGGUGACCGAGAUGGUGGAUAAGGAGGAAAGAGUCGUCGAGCGUGAUUUUGCGAGUAGCGCGUUUGUAAGGCCGGGGCAGGGGGUAGCGCAGUCUAGGGAUAGCGGAGCGAGUGAGGGCAAGCUGAUCUGGAGGGAUGAGCUGAGAGAUAAGGUUAUGGAUGUUGGGAGGGGUAGUGCGGAGAGCGAUAUGGCGAGGGAGGAGGCGCGGUAUGCUGGGGGUGGGUUUGCGGGGAAUGCGUGGAGAGAGGAAAGGGAGCCGUGGUAUGCGUCUUCACCCAUGUCUUCGCCGAGGAGUCCAUAA